CACAAAAUUGAGCAAUGGAGAGUAGAAUAGAGAAGCGGAGAAUAGAGAGAGCAGAAAGAAAUGGCGGUGACAUUAUCAGCACUCUACCAGACUUUCUCCUCAUCCACAUCCUCUCUUUUCUCCCAACCCCCAUUCUCACAAGCAUUUUGUCGAGCAGGUGGAAGCCUCUCUGGACUCUCCUCCCAAUUCUCAACUUGGACCAGCGCACACUUCUAAGGAAUGAACAUACUUUCAGCUUUGUGGAUAGAGUGUCAAGAAUCUGGACUCUUUGCAACGCCAUUCCCCUACACACAUUGCGCAUCCGAUGGACCGCUAAUUGUCAGCUUUUCUAUGUUGAAACAUGGCUACGAGCCACCAUUCAUCUUGCCGUGUUGCAAGAACUCGAUCUAUUCAUAUAUACAUAUACGUAUUAUCAAGCUUUGGAGUUGCCCCGUACUCUCUUCUUUUCUACUACAUUAGUAGUUCUCAAAUUCAAAGAUCAGAUUUUUCUCAAUCCUCCUCAUGAUUGUAGCUUACCAAGUCUCAGGAUUCUGCAACUCAGCUAUGUUAAGUAUGCGAACCACAACUCUCUCUCCACAUUCCUCCAAGAUUUGACCCUCAAGAUGUCUGUAUCAGAUUUGAAAUAUUAGGACAAAAAUGCUGCCAAGUUCAAUAUCAUUGUACUCAUAGCUCCGCUCAAAAGAUUGCUUUUCAGUUCCAUUGCUGACUGUUCGUCAUACAAACUCCAAAUAAACACCCCAGCUCGAGUACUUUAAUUUCUU